UCUAUCAUGUCUUUUAUGUGGAGCAUAAUGCACCUUAAUUCAAAAUAAAAACUAUUUCAGUUUUCAUUCCUUCUUUUUUAUUCUGCACCUUACACACCAUGACACCAUAUAUGUGAUCACUAUACUUGGAUGCUUUCAUUUGAAGUUUUAUAGUAGCAUUAUUAUUAAGCAAAAAGUGCCUUGUCAUCAUACUGAUGAUUUUUUGUAAUCAACUUAUUUUUGCUGUAAAUAGAUGAGACUGCUUCUUGAUAAGGCUGAUCAUUUUUCAAAACUUUGGAAUGGUGCUCCAGUUGUACUUUGUGGAGAUUUUAACAGCACACCCAAGAGCCCAUUGUACAACUUCAUUGCUGAACGAAAGCUGGACAUAUUAAAAGUAGCUCGAGAUAAGGUCUCCGGGCAGCACCCUGAUUCGGAAAAUUCACCCAAACGUUCAUCUCCUAUGAAUAGGCCCAAUUCUUCUACAGACUCUGUUAAAGAUGCAUCAGUCUCACAUGAGGGAGAAGAAAGAGAGGCAUGUUCCAAUCUAGUUUUAAGCACAUUGUCCCCAAUAGUUGCAUCAGGAGAUGGUCUUUCAAGAGGCUGCGGGUCCCAAACUCAAAAUUCUGUAGUGAAUGGCUCCAGCAAAACUUUUGUGGGUGCUCACUUUGAAGAUAAAGCUAUGGAAAGAACAGUAGAAUAUUUCACAGAUUCCCAAAGAACAUCCACUAUUCGUCUCAAUGCAGAUAGCCCUCAUAUCUACGAUAGUGAAGGUUCAAUACCAUCAACUCUAGAAGAAGGUAACUUUAAAUUGGCUGAUGCCCCUUUAGAUAAGAAAAUGGAUAAUUUAUCACUGGAAAUGGUAUUUGAAGGGGUAGAAGAUCAGUCUUCAGGUGAAGACUCUGCGACGUUUUUAUCUGAGCUAUGUGGUGCAUCUGAUCGGACUCCACUUUCAGUAUCUGAGCGCGGAGAACCAGAUGAACGGUCUGGGCUAUCUUCUGUUUCUCACAGCAAAGAGUUACCUGGUGUCCGUGGUGCAGAUUUUCGGGGCACUUAUUAUGAUCCAACAGCUUGGACUCCAAUAGAGAUACAAACUGCAACGGGAAGCAUGGACUGCACAGUAAUGGAACACCAUCUGAGGCUAACAAGUGUGUAUCGGGAAGUAGAGAAUGUUGUGGGAAAAAGAGAUUCAAUUGGAGAACCAGAGGCGACCAGUUACCACAAUGCAUUCCUGGGCACAGUUGAUUACAUAUGGCGUUCUGAAGGUCUUCAAACUGUGAGGGUGCUUGCUCCAAUUCCAACACAAGCCAUGCAGUUUUAUCGGGGUUUCCCCACAAAGAAAUGGGGAAGUGAUCAUAUUGCUUUGGUCUCAGAGUUGGCCUUCACGGAAAGAAGGCUUUCCGGUCAAGAACGCCAAAGCUGAGUACUCGACCCUUCUUCACACUUCGCUACCAGCUUCUUUAGUUUGGAAGUUGCUUUUGUUAAAAAUUUACAGGGGGAAUUGAUUGUGCACCCCUUCUUGAGUGAUAUCAGACUAUUUAAGUCUGAUCCGGUCUGGUCUGUUUAAGUUUGGUUUGAUCUGAAGUGGUCUGAUCCGCUAAAUGUAUAUUACUACGUAUAUGUUAUUUUACUAUUAUUGAAAUCUAAUUUUGUAAGUACAAGUCUCGUCUAAUCUUAUUCUUUAGAUUGAAUUCAGUCAAUUUUAAAAUAUUCAUAAUAUCUUUAUGCGCACUUUUUCAAUUAAUUUUUCAUUUUUCUUUCAUACCAAAUAA